GAGAAACUUAUACUAUUAUGCAUGUGGCUGUGGAAGUAGCAAUUUUGAAAGCUGGAUUUGUGAUCCUCUGAUAGAAGCAGAAAGAAGCAAUGGCCGCAGCAAUAGCAAGAAGCUACUCUUUUCAGCCACGCUCUUUAUUCAACAGUAACACCAUCUAUAAUCCUUCACCAUAUGGAGGAUACUCAUGGCUGGGACCUGCUGCUUCGAGAGCAGGAACCACUCCACGUUGUAGGCAAAUUUGCGCAGCAAUGCAACCGCGACCGACAUGGCUCCCAGGACUCGAUCCCCCAGCUUAUCUUGAUGGAACUCUUGCCGGAGAUUACGGGUUCGACCCACUUGGGCUUGGAGAGGAUCCUGAAAGCUUAAGGUGGUAUGUGCAGGCAGAACUGGUUCAUGCUCGCUUUGCAAUGCUUGGGGUAUUCGGAAUUCUAGUAACAGAUCUACUUCGCGUCACAGGGCUUAGUAAGAUACCUGUUUGGUUUGAAGCCGGUGCAGUAAAAUACGAAUUUACCAACACACAGACGCUGAUCAUUGUUCAACUACUCUUGAUGGGGUUUGCCGAAACCAAAAGGUACAUGGAUUUCAUUAGUCCGGGAUCUCAAGCUAAAGAGGGGUCCUUCUUUGGAUUGGAAGCUUCAUUUGAAGGCUUAGAGCCAGGGUACCCUGGGGGUCCUCUGCUAAAUCCUCUUGGCCUAGCUAAAGACAUUAAAAAUGCUCGUGAGUCGAAGCUUAAAGAAAUCAAGAACGGGCGUCUGGCAAUGGUGGCAAUUCUUGGCAUCUUUGUACAAGCUUCUGUGACUCAUGUUGGACCAAUUGAUAACCUUGUGGAGCACCUCUCCAAUCCAUGGCAUAAAACUGUUAUUCAAACCCUUGCAAGUUCUGGUUCUUAGUUUGUGAGGAUUGCAUGUGAUAGUUUUGUGACAUGGACUGAUCCAUACAACGAAAUCACUUUUGUUCCCUCAGCCUCUAGUCCUGGUUAAGGUUUUGUUAUAGAUCUAAGCAUAUUGAAGCAUUUGUAUUCUAAUAUAUUCCAAUGGAAUUAUGUAUAUUCUUUGUACACUAAAAAGUUUUGUACUUAAGUUCAUAAUCCUUCAAAACAAAUAUAUUUAUACUGUAUGAAAACUGAAAUGCUUGCUAUGA